GCUUUCACUUUUCACCCUUAUACUUGUCAAGCUUUCCUUAGAUUUCAACGGAAACGUCGAGCCAAACGCUAGAAAGGGCCGGUUAAUUUAGAGCAAUACCUCGGGAAAUAGAGUCUCGGAUCCCUACAGAAUCAAAUUCUAUUACCAGCGGCUGGAGUGUGAUGAGGAAACAAUGCUCUGGCGCAACUUCCCAUUCAUCGAGCGUGCAUGCAAAGACGGGCCUAUUCGAAACGGAUCAGUUGUCGAGAACCUCGAUAGGCAACUCGGUCGUGGAACUUGCCAAGGAAAAUUUGCAGAUGAUCAACACAAUUAUUGAUUUGCAGCGCGAACGGGAGGUACUAAAAGCGCGCCUUGUUACAACAAAUUCUAUGAAAACAAAUGUCGUCUUGCACGAUGAGAUCAGCUACGAUACAGUAGACACAGAUGCACCUGGUGGAAAUUGUACCCACACCGUCCCCUUGACUGAGGACCUGUUGAACGAAAUUCGGGGUGCAAUCGAGCGCAAGACUCAUGUAUCCGGCUGCACUUACAACGGCAUGCAGGUCGUGUUCCAAAGUAUGGAAAAGCAGGCGGCAGAUGCAGUGGUCUUUGAUCGAGAUAAAAAGCUGCAGAAGCAACUCAUGGGACUCUCUCAAAGUAUAUCACGCUCUGUGGAUGGGGAUAGCCCAGGAGUAAGGGAGGUCGCAGGGCUUCCUGAGGAAGCGGUCGCGUCGAUGCUUCGUGUCGUAGCACCGGCCACCAAGUGUGUUGACCAGUUCGUGGGGCUUUGUAUGGACCUCCUUCUUGCGUUACAUAAGGCGUAUGCACAACACCUUUAG